UCAUCCAAUCGCGUUUCGAGAGGGGCGGCUCGUUUUCUCAACAUUUGACAGGGAUUUAUUCUGAUCCUCAUGACGUCACUCGAUACCCUGCGCUCCGACAGUCAGAAAGUGAAGGGAUGCUCUAAACGCAAGAUUGCAGCAUCUUUCCUGAGAGACUACAAACAAAUCGCAUCUCACUCUAGCUUUGUAUCCAUUCUCGGCAUUCUCUCCCCUUUGGACCCUCCUGAAAACGCACCUCUUGCCCUCCAACAUCGAACUGCAGGGUGUCUUCGUGCACGAAAGGAGGACCGGAUAGAACACCAUAUUUGUAUUUCAACACCUUUCCUUUCCCUUUAUUUAUUUAACCUCUGUCGUCUGUAUAUUUUUUGUUUUGAUCUUUUAUUUUGUUGACCAUUGCCUAGCUGCAAUACAGAGAGGAGGAGGUCGUUCUGCAUUGCUUGAUAGGAAUACGCGCUUUAUUGCAGUGGAAUGAAAUAACACACAUAUGAAGAAAUUAUUGGAAGAUUAAAUUAGCCUACUUUCUACAACACGCUUAUAGUAUCUGGAGCGGGACAUAAUUUAUCGGUUCAUUGGAUUUUUGUUGAGGUUACGUUCCAUACGCAGCGCAAGCAUCGUCUUCCUCGGUUAGAACACAUAGCCCAUACUCAUCGUUGCAUCUCGGUGUUCUCUGAAAGGGCGAGGAUAACACGCAAGAUAUUUCAUUAUCAAGAAUAUAGGCAUUUUCGAUUUUGAAUCGCUUCGUCUAUUCAAAUACCAUUUUUUUCAAUUGGUUACGUUGCAUAAAGGGAUAAACGCAGUUUCACCCAACCUACUUUAAAAAUGAUGGCCGGCGGGGCAGUACAGCAAAACGGGAUUUUCUUGAAUCCUCACCAUCACAAUCAACAGCCGCACAUGGAGUCGGAUCCCCCAGAUUCGCGUAAAAGACCGCUAGAGACCCCAACUGAGGCAAGCAGCACUAAACGCACAAACACGGGAGUGGCCUUCCUGCAGCCCCUUUUUGAAACUGAAGGCAUUGUAUUCCCUCACCAGGAAUCACACUCUGAGGCACAUGAGGAAGGUGAGUACUUCCUGAAGGUUCUGAUCCCCAGCUAUGCGGCCGGCUCCAUCAUUGGCAAGGGCGGACAGACCAUCGUCCAGCUGCAGAAAGAGACCGGCGCCACCAUCAAGCUGUCCAAAUCCAAAGACUUCUACCCUGGCACGACAGAGCGGGUGUGUCUGAUCCAGGGGACAGUGGAGGCUCUGAAUGGAGUCCAUAACUUCAUCGCUGAGAAGGUGCGGGAGAUGCCGCAGAGCACCCAGAAAUCAGAACCGGUCAGCGUACUGCAGCCACAGACCACCGUCAACCCUGACCGCAUCAAACAGGCCAAGCUGAUAGUACCAAACAGCACAGCAGGUCUGAUCAUUGGUAAAGGUGGAGCCACAGUCAAGGCCGUCAUGGAGCAGUCGGGCGCCUGGGUGCAGCUCUCCCAAAAACCAGAGGGCAUCAACCUGCAGGAGCGCGUGGUCACCAUUAGCGGAGAGCCCGAGCAGAACCGUAAAGCCGUGGAGAUCAUCGUUCAGAAGAUCCAAGAGGACCCCCAGAGCAGCAGCUGCCUCAACAUCAGCUACUCCAACAUCUCUGGCCCUGUGGCCAACUCCAACCCCACGGGCUCCCCCUACGCCAACUCAGCCGAGGUGAACCCCGCUGCUGCUGCUGCCGCCGCUGCCACAGCCUCCAGCCUCCUGGGUCAGGCCACCAUGCAGAGUAUGGGCGGCUUCCCCACCACUAUGGGUCCCAGCUUCUCAGGCAACGACCUCCUGACCAUCACCUCGGCCCUCAACACGUUAGCCAGCUACGGCUACAACACCAACUCCCUGGGCCUGGGGCUCAACCCCGCCGCAGCCUCAGGAGUCCUGGCUGCCGUAGCGGCUAGCGCUAACCCCGCCGCGGCUGCUGCUGCUAACCUCCUGGCGUCCUAUGCUAGCGAUGCCUCCACCAGCGCAAGCCACCAAGCCGCCUCCCUGGGAGGUUUCACCCUGGGCUCGCUGGCCGCGGCCACUGGGGCCACCAACGGCUACCUGAGCGCCUCGUCCCCGCUGAUGGCACAAUCCCUGAUGGCCACUGAGAAGCAGAUGCAGGAGGGGGCCAAGGACGUGGUGGAGAUCGCUGUUCCCGAAAACCUGGUAGGAGCCAUCUUGGGGAAAGGAGGGAAAACGCUAGUGGAGUACCAGGAGCUGACUGGAGCCCGGAUCCAGAUCUCCAAAAAGGGAGAGUUCAUUCCCGGCACCCGGAACCGUAAAGUUACCAUAACCGGCUCUCCGGCGUCAACGCAGGCAGCUCAGUAUCUGAUCAGCCAACGGAUCACGUAUGAGCAGGGUGUGCGCGCCACCAACCCACAGAAGGUGGGCUAGAAAAUGAGAAUGGAAAGGAAGAAAACGAGUGGGGGCUUGGGGAGGAUUGCAAAGGGAGAGAGAAAGGGAGAGGAGAGCAAGAAUGUUGGAAGGAAUCGUCUGCCCGUUUUUUUGGUGUUUCAGUAUUCAAAAAAUGAUGCGACGCAAAAAUUCACUCGGGGAGAGAGGUGAAAGUGUACCGCGGAAAACAAAGGAAAAUAAGGUGUAAAAUGUAAAUACGGUUUUAUUACUUAAGUCUUGAUGUUUCGGGAUUUUUUGUUUGUUUUGUUUUCUAGUUCUUUUGUUUUUUUGUUUGUUUGUGUAUUCUCCGGACAGUGGUGAAUGCGAUUUUAAACUGGCAUGCUGCCGCGCUGCAGUUUGGAAAAGGGGGGCGGUGGGGGUACUGGGGGCCGACCCCCAUGGAAUCAGCCCCACCCCCAUUCCUGUGUAGCUCACUGAUGUUUUUCUUCAGAUUUGCCUUCAAUUUCAAUUUUCCCCUUACCCUGCCCCCCACUUUUUGCCCUGCCCCUACAAGGGUCUGAAAAGACUGCAAACCAGUGCUUGAUUAGAGAUCUAAGGAAAAUCCCUGUAGUUGAUGACAUACCCCUCCAUGCCCCGAUCCCUCGCCCCUCUCCCAGCCACCCCCACUCUGUUUUGAGCAAAGGAGGGGGAGAGAUGUGCACAAGGCUUCCACACAUGGAUUAUCCUCGUACCCCCUAUAGCCUCGCGCCGUAGGUUCUGAUUUAACCAGAUGCAUGCUAUGCCACGCUCCGUAUUUAUAUAUCCGGGAUGCUCGUGUUUCGUACGUAGGACGAAGGCAGAGACGCAUGGUGCAUCUCAUUGGGUCAGAAUUCUAGCGUAGUGCAAGAGUACAUAUAGAGGUCGGGGCAUUUUUCUCAACACGGUUUGCAGUCUGAUAUUAUGAUUAUUAUUAUUAUGAUUAUUAUCGAUAUCAUCGUCAUUAUUUAUGAAUAUGAUUUCGCCCAUAACGUUUGGUAUUUUCAUUUUUUUUAUUUCAUUUUUUUAUCUGUAAAUUCAGGUUGACAUGAAUGUAAAAGACUAUUUUUGAUUUGAUUUGUUUCAUUUAAGUGGAUUUAAUAACAUGUCACAUAGUGUAAUAUACAGCAUGUCUUAUUUAAGUCCAGUAAGAAAUGGAGCAUAAGCACCACAGCAGUGAUGAUGAAGAGUAAGGGUCAACUUUGAUAUCCAGCAAAGAGCAGGACAGUAAAUAUUCAAUUUCAACACACACACACACACACACACACACACACACACACACACACACACACACACCCUGUGAUGCUAUUUCAGUGCUAUAAAGGGAUUAUAACAUAUCUACACGGCAGAUUACGGUGAAAUCAAGCAGACUAGUCUCUACAGUAUAUACAUAGAUAGCGUCAAAAUGAAAAUGCCACUUGCACAACGGGCCCAAGAGCACCGUUCACAUUCUGGCAGGGGCCGAAGCGCUCUAAAAACGCCAACCCAAAGUUGUUUCAAUGUUGUCUGAGCUCAGAAGUCUCUCCCUCCGGUUUAGCCUGUGUCCCUCAACAUUGUGAAAAGCCAAAGUGUUGUCGGGACUGUAGGGCCAUAGGCGUCUCCACUGAGAUAUCCAGCGAGCGCUGCUCUUCUGCCUGUGGCACUCUUAACAACACUCUGUCUAGACAGACCAGGCGAGAGACCAGGAACAGGGGCACUUAGAACCUAGAGGUGGUGGCCCCGCCAGGAUACGUACAUACUACUGAGAAAUACAAACACUGAAGAUGAGAAAGUUGAUCUCACUAGGGUCCAUGCAAUUUGCCAGGCCUUGUCUUGUGGCGAGCAGAGGUAUUGAACACAGUGCAUAUUUAGAAGUUGUUUUCCCCUAAUACUUGCUCUUAUCAAGCAGUGUUCAACUGUCCACGAUGAACGGGGGGAAUGUAAUGUGCCACGGUCUGUUGGGCGUUAACGACAGUCUAAUGGUUGUGGGUUAUUCUGCUUUUGGCAAACUGCAGGGACCUCCCACUACACGUUCCAUGCAAUGGAUACUGCCCACUAACCUAUAAGCUGCUAUGAUUUUGUUUGUUUUUAUCUUGCUUUUGUUUUGUUUUUGCAAUCGGAGUACACUGAAGUUGAUCUUAAUGCACUGUGAAGUGUGGGGAUCGUUUUCUCUGCCCAUGAGGUCAGGGUUGUGUUCUGUAAGGGAGCUUUGUCACAGGCGUGUGCGUUAUUAUGUCAGGGAAAUGUACGCACAUGAAAUACCAGGCGACUAAUCAUAUCUCAUGAACAGAACUCUAUUUGCAAUACAGUGUCAGUUCUCAAUUAGAUAUGCAAGACGAGGAAAGAGUAUUCAUGUUCCUAAACACCACGUUGAAACCGGGAUCCUGGGUUGAGGCUUUGGAUGCGCUUUGACUCAGUUUGGCAAUGAAAGUCAUGUGGUUGUAGAAACAGUCUCUAAUUAUAGGAUGGGAUUGGGGGGGAGUGGCAAGUGUGCAUGUUCAGCUUUUGCUAUUCAAAGACAACAAUAGUUGGAGGUAUGUGGAGUUUUAUCCCAAUUUUGACAGGGUUGCUCUAAUCGUCCGACUUCCCUUUUUAUAUUUGCUGUUUUCACAAACAGUUGAAAUUGAUAUAUUCUGUUAGCCAACUGAAAAUGGCUGGCUAACCUAAAAUGCAAUCUGCAAUCUAUCCAAUGGUGAGCUCUCACUAGUAUUCGCCAUUGGAACGUUUUCUCUAUUGUCUAUUGGAGCGACAGUGAAGCGCGUAUCUCGACAGAUUGGUAAGGAGGCUUCUUUAUUCCCAUCUAAUACCAUCCACUUUCCUCACCCCCCCAACCCUUGUACCGCCGUGCACCCCAUUCUUACACAUCAACCCAGAGCCCCUCCUCUCACAUCUCUCCAUGGGUGAUAGUGUCUGGUGUUGCGAUGCAUGUCUGCUUGCCCUUCCAGACCACAACUACUCCAAAACAAUGACUCUCUGAGUUUCCUAGUGCUUUGAGGGUAGAGAGGACAGCGUCCCCUUGAUUGUAGAGCUGAGCAUGAGAGACUAGUUAGUGACCAUUUUGCCAGCAGCAGUGAGAACAAAUUAGUAGGUGACAGUGGAAGUAGGAAAGAUAACCUGCAACCAGGCAACUAAGAGAGAAAGAUACCAGCUGACUUAAUUCUGUCAAUCCAAUGGCCAGUGGCUUGAAACCAUAUUUUAUAUUGUAUGUUAUUGACAGGAGUGAAAGCACUUUGCUACAUUUGGAAUGCAUGGGCAGAUACAUACAGUACAUUCAUAAACACAUUCACAUAGAUUGCGAGUAGAAUAAGGGAAAUACUGCUUGUUGAAGUCAUGAAGAAAUGACAGAGAUUACUGGAUAUAAGCGAUACUAAAACUGUGACAAAUCAAUGUGAACGAUAUCAAAUACCUGUCGUUGGAGAUCACGAGAAGGUGCCAACAAAGUUCGUCAAAGGAUGGCUUUGUUAUCUUUUUAUCGAAUUCAACAAAAUUACCCCAUGAUGAUGGGGUUUUAGGGCGUCCAUUUUUGUUUGGUUUGUAAUUUAGGGGAUGUAGAUAAAAUGUGAUGAGUACUGGAAGCAAUAUACGUAGUAGCAUGUUGUCCUUGUAUUGUCUUUUUAUUCUGUCUGUUGUCAAAGCUUUGGAUUUACCUAGAUGUUAAAUAGAUUUACCUAAUUACAACUUUUUUAAUUUGUGAAAUUGCUGCUAUUUAAUAAGUGAUGUACUAAAAAUAAAGUUAAAACAUAUCUGAUUGGUCGUUUAGCAGGAUGUUGUAGUUCCCAGAGGUGUACUAAAUGCUAUACAUGCUGAUAAGAUAAUAAUUACUGUAAAAACAAACUCAACAAAUAAACCUGUGCCAAAAUAGAUCUUUAAAGACUGAAACGGGAAAUGCGCGUGAUUUAAAAAACAUGACAUGAAAGGAAACAUACUUUUAUAAGAAAAAUAAUGUGAAAAGUGCCAAACGAACCAUAUUUAUAAUUGUAAAUAGAAGGGAAUGGUACAAGAUACUUUUUUGUGUGUGAGUAAAAUCAAUAAAAAAUUUAGAAAUAAGCUUUUUAGUUAAACCUUUUAAUGCCCUCUUUACUACUAUGUGACAUAAAAUAAGGGAUUGUGAAGGAAGGGAGCCAUCUUGUUAGCCAGUAAUCCAAAUUUCCUUGAAUUCUACAGUACUUAGACUCCUGGGCCAGAAGAAUCAACGUAUAGAUAGAUUAGCAUGGUUAAUGAUACACAUGAUAUUAACAUUCUUAAUACAGCCUUUUAUAGUUCUGAAAAUGUAUUUUGUGGAGAUAGAUGUUAUCUUUUUUGCACGUCUAUAUUGCAUGAUAUCAAAGUGAAGCGUGGACAACAAAAAUGUAAGAAACAAAAAUUGUACAAAAAAAAAAUUAGGCGGUGUGUUUUGUUCAUUUUGAAGACAAAUCUUUGCAUGCCAACAAUGGUAAAGCAAUUUAAUUUUCCUUGACGCAUUUUCAAACGUGUGUUUUUUUCACUAAACACAUGCAGGGACAUCGUCCAGUAGAGCAAGGCCACAGUGUAAUUAGAUUGUAUGACUGGAUGAGUAUUUUGUGAGAACAUUGUCUAGGCAUCUAAACAUUCUUAGAGAGAUAGGAACAAACUUUUGAUCAAACAUGAAACAAUUCGUUUUUUUUUUUUGUUGUUGGUUGUGGCUUCUUUUACUAAAACUGCAUUAUUUAAUUCCGGAUCACAUUUUAUGCUUUUUACCAUAGAUACCAAGAUAUUGUCCAUGAAUGUACUCACCUCUGCAUAAGUUUGCAUAUCACUCUUCGAUCAUGACUUCAGGGCUUGAGUGUCCAUGUGUUUUGUGUGAAUAACUAACAUCAGGUAAGGCCAGAUCUGGCCCUAGUGUCAUUCUAACCAUCUGUUUACCCUUCCGGCUCCCUCUGAGCUUGAUCUCUUGUCUUGAUGUAAAUAUGCACUUUAUAUUUCUCAUUUAGACAGAGUUCUCAUUUAAACCCCCAUCUCCUGAAAGGAAACAGUAUUUUGAAGUAUCAAGCUAGGCUGUGUGUAGGCACCGUGUUUUUUCACGCUCUGUUGCUGCUCGGCUUUUGUAUUUCUCAAUCCCCUGGGUCUCUCUCCAGAAUUUGGGACAAGGUGUGUUUUACUCUCUAUUCGGUGAAUUUGGUCACAUUACAUGAUUACACUUUCUACAACAAAAAGUUAUAGGGAGAGAAAAAAAAGGACAAAUAUUGCCAAUAUUCCCCAUGUUGUCCAUUUCCCAACUGUCAUUCAGUUUCACCAUUAGACAACUGAGUGGUGUCGGCAUGCUCAAAAAGGGAUUGUAAAUAACAAAAGCUGGUCAGCCACAAGAAAACAUAGCUUUUCCUCAUUUAACACAGGAUCUUGCCUUUUGUAUAUUUCUCAAGCGUUCAAUGAUCUAGAUUAGUGUCAAAAAGGGACACUCAGUUUAAACUAUAACCAAAUUGACAUCCCUGUUCCUAGCAAUGCCUCAGUUGCAAUAGAAUGUCAGCAUGUAUAGCUGUAUAGCUCUGUAGAGUAAGCUGAGAUGGGGGUUUGUGCAAUAGAGUAGUACUUGCUGUGCAUGUGCUAUUGUCUGGCUCUCGUGUCUGUGUGUCUGCAGUAGGUCAGCAUCAUGGUGUCGUCUCCAUGUCGCUGGGUGAACAGAUCUGUUUUGUGAUGUGCAGAGGAAUGCAAACGUAUGGUUCACCUGCUACAGGUGACAUCAUUUAUUUUCAGUGGGUGUGUGGCUACUAGUGCUCAACUCCAAAACCUCACAAUGCCCCAACCCCCGCCCUCCUCGCUCUCACCCGCACCCACCACCCGUAGCCAGACAUUCACGGAACCCAGGGUCCCACUCUUGAGCUUGUACCCCAUCGAAGCACCAGCAAUUUUAAACUGCAUUUGUCAUAUCACUGUUCAGUUCCUCUUUAUUGUUUUCCUGUUUUUUAUUUGUACUACGCUCUCUAACCUAGACCAAUUAUAACAAAAUGCCAUUCAUGUGUACCCUGUUUACUCCCCCUUUUCUCCUUUUUGCACUUUCACUGCCCCUCCUUUUCCAACCACUCCCCCACACUUCUGCUCCGAUCCCGCCACACCACCAAACCUCCCCCCCCCUCCCCCCCACCUCCUCCUCCUCCUCGAGUUUCUCCCGAGUGCCAAACAAAAACAGUACCAUUCCAAACUUUUUUGAGUUUUCUUGUAUGUUGGACAUCCAUUGGACGCACCCAUGAAGCCAGCAUGUUCCUCCAUAACAUGAUGUCAGUCAUGACGCCUCAACAUUACCCAAAAGAAACAGAUCAAAAAAACAAAACAAAAACGAGCUAAAAGCAGACCUGGAUUAACCCGGUAAAGGCUGGCUACCUCUCAUAAACUGCUUUUCCUAAUUCUCUAUCAUCUCUUCAACCUCCAGGACAUCAUUGAUUGUGUGCCAUAGUGUUGGGGGCACUUGUCACUCUCCUCACCCCCCAAGUCUCUCCAUUUGAUUUUCGAUGGGAAAAAAAAAUAAAAAAUCCAUUUCUAAUGACGAUUUUUUUUCUUUAACAUUUAACCACACUCAGAAUGGUGUGAGGAGUGUAAUCGUCAGCUGCGCAGCCAUCCUCUGUCUUCUGAACUUUGAACUUUUCACCCCUCAUGAACUUUAUUGACCUUCUUCCUCCCCUUCUAUGUUCAUCAAACUGUUUGGACUUAAAUCUCCAUUCCAUCACCAAACCUAUUUGAGACUGUGCAAUUCUAGUUGAAAUUAUUUGAUUUUUUUUGUUUGUUUCUUAUCAGUGGGGCAAUUCACCGAGAUAAAGAAUGAAAAAUCAUCCACAAAAGAAAUACAGACAAAAAAAAAACACAAAAAAACUGUUUCUCCACAAUUUCAUUUUUCUCUCAUUGUAAAUAUUUUUGUCAGAUUUUGUUGAGCUGUAAAGAGAGGCGUGUUCAACAGAAUGGGGCCGGCAGCAUAAAAUCCACUUAGUGGAAAGAGGAAAAGAAAGGUGCACCUCAUACAUCUACUCGUUUGUUCUGCUACAGUAGCUUGUGGUCUUGACAUUGGUGUGACCUGCUGUAUUUGUUGUUGUUUAUCGCCAUGCUAUCUCCACUUAGAUAAAAUGAUAUAAAAACGUAAAAGAUAAUUCAGUUCUGGAGCUGAUAGAAUUGUUUACAUUUGCUACCGUAGUUGUAUUCGUUGGUGGUUUUGUUCCGCUUAGAGUGAGUCGUAGUUAUUGUAAUGCUUUGUAGUGUAAGAAAAUAUCAAUGUGGAGAACUUGCUGGACUCAGCACCUUACACUAAAUGUGGGACACACAAGACUAGGGGGGGAAAAAACGUGUCGUUACCAAACCACAAAAAGGAAGUUGAGGCCUCUUUAGUGCAAUAGAGUUACUGCGGUUUACAUGAUAGAAGUGAUAUAGUUUAGAACUAGGAUUAUGUUAAUUAGGCAUAUUGUAGGUGGGCGUUGGUGAAUGUAAAUGCCAACAUGACAAAGGUGCCCGUAGUGCCAACUGAGACAUAUCUCUCUCAGUGAAUUUAGUAGAGUUAAACUGACUGAAAGUAUUCAUUUGACACAGCUAGACUGGACUGACCAUAUCAUUGCUUAGCUUUGUGCUCCACUCACAAAGUUUUAUGCUGCCAGCCUCAUUUUCUGAUAACACUUCAUGAGCUAUUUAUUUUCAACCUAUAAUAUACUAUUAAUAAAUUACAAGACAACAAGAAAAAAGGGAAUGACUGGAAAGGUGAAUUAUUGUUUUUGUUUUUUUUAGCAUUUUAGUGGUUGCUUUUAACACCAUUCAUUAACUGACUUAAAGAGUAUUGAAUAUUUAAUGUAAUUGUAGCAUUGUGUUUGUAAAAAAAAAAGGAAAAAAAAGUAGUGAGUUGUGUUUAUUGACUUGUGGAUUACCAGUGAAGUCGGCAAUCUAGUGCUAAUAUAUAUUUCAUCUUUUUUUAAGGAUUAUUCUUUUCCGACAGCAACAACAGUCAUUAUAAAUGUUCAUUUUAGCAUCACCUGUCUUCUGUUGUCUUAUUCUUCACCUCCCACUACACUCAGUCAUCCAAGUAACACAUUGCAAGUUUGUGCCUGAAACCAUGUGCUCGGUCUGGGGGCGGGGCCAUAUGGUAUGAGCGACGUGUGAGUGUGUGUGCGUGUGUGCAUGCGUGUGUGUGAGUGAGUGAGUGAGUGAGUGAGUGAAUGGAAAGGCUGCUAUCUCAGCCCUUGGUGGGUGGGUGUUCUGUCCAAUGUCCACCAAAGCUAAAACCUGGAGGGCUUCCAUUCACCAAUGGAAUCCCCUGACGUUAUAGCUGGAACUUCAUCAUGUGACCUGAGCCGACUCUAUCGUUCAUAUCCCUCCCACCCAACCACUCUCCACCACUACCCUAUCCCUGAGUCAUCCCUUACCACACGUCAUCACCAUGUGAUGUUCUCCAUCGAUAACAUACUACUCGACCAGAUCCACAUUAACAUGUCUCCUCCAUGUUUCCAAAAGGAGCGCGUUGCCAGUCAACCUGCUUCCCACAUGAUACUCAACCAUCCUCUCUAGCUGCCGGGGCCAGGCCCAUCAGAAAACGAUUUGUCUCAAAACAAGAGGAUAGAGAGAAAUAGUGAUGCUCAGGGUGUCUCCUUGAUCUACCUUUAUAUCCCGCAUUCUGCGGUUGUCCCACUUUAUUCUGCCCUAAUGAUUUCUAUGGAGCCCAAAGACGACGAUGAUUUCCAUGUUCAUGUAAUGGUUGCUUAGCAAUUAUUCUGAGGGAUGAUGUGCACCUACUUAGAGGAGCGUGCACAUACUGUAUUGUUUACAACCUAAAUGAGACCAACGCUGUUGAAAAAGAAUGUGUAGGACAAAAACAAAUUCCGUAUUGCUAAAUGAUGACAUUUCAACGACAAUUUCUGUGACAUGAGUUAAUGUAAUUAUGAGUCAUUGCAUGGUACUAUUUUUUUGCAAUGAAAAUAUAUUUUUUUGAACUGUUAGAAUGGAUGGUACAUUGUCAAAUUCGUGCAACAUUUAGACGCUAAUAAUAAAACAAACGUUGGUGUCCGUGUUAAUGUCACCAUGAGGAGAGGUUUUGGACCAAUGAAUGCCAAAAUGUUGUAAAGGUUUUGUUCAUUUGUACAUGGUAAUAAUGGGUCAAAUAAACCAUUGAAGCUAAU